AUACUUCAUUUUAUCUUUUCAUUUGCAGAUCGCUCUACCAAUAAAGUUUACUCCCAACAUGAUUCUGGUCACCUUCUUCCUCCAGUGAACAAUACCACUGGACGUAUAUUAUUUUAACAGUCCGCCCCAUUAUUUUUGAUGGUCGGGGUACACAGUACACACAACUUGAUACACAUGAACCCCUUCAAAGUGUCUUAGAUUUAGUUAUAUAAGUUAGAACACGCUUCGUUCCCAUCCAUGUUUUUAUGUUCCAAUAUUUGAGAGAUUAUCGAUGACAAAUUCAGAUAAGCAUAAACAUGGGUUGUUUGGACUCUUUCGUUAAGAUGGGACAGAAAUUCCUGCCUCCUCCCGGAGUUCUCUUUAUCACUCAUCUGCUCUACACAACAUUGAGUAUUAUCCUGUUCUUCAUUGAGGAUCUAGUCUACAGUGGCAUCAGUAAUACCUGCAACGGCUGGAUUCAAUGGAUCCUACUUGUUGUUGCUAUCCUCAUGAGUAUUCUGGUGGCUUAUGCUAAGUACAAAGAGAAGGAAGACGCUAUGGCAGCCUUCGUUUCUCUCCUCUUGUUCUUCGCCACAAUUAUUGGUCUCCAGCUCCAUCCAUUCGGUUGUUUCAAUUUCUCAAACUGGGGCAGCACUCUUCUCUACUAUAUCAUUAGAGGAGCCAUCUGCAUUCCUCUAGCGAUCAUCUACUUCUUCGUCUGCAAGUCUGAUCUUGACUCGCUCAAGCCUCAGUAAGCCUCGAAUCUUGGAGGUUGAGCCUCCCUCCCUUCAGGUCUUUUUGUUUUGGAGGUUCACAACUGGGUGUAGGUGCACUGUAUAAAUGUGGACGCAAUUAUUUUAGAUAUGCUACUGCUAUAGUUGCAGUUUUGUUUGUAUAAUACGAAUUUGGAACGUUUUACUUUUAUUGUUGGUUUCUAGAACUAGAAAAAAUUGAUAUUAUUGAAUAACCACA